GAGGUUACGGCUUCCACAGUUUCACCCACCUCCAGGCGUCCUCUGUUUUGCGGUACAACCAGAAGUAUGGCGCGCAGCUGCUAACCAGCGGCUUGCGGCCACUUGCGGGCGGCUCCAUCGAGCACACCCUUGACAUGGCUUUCUAUGCGGUUUCAAAAGCCACGCAGACGGCGAUUGACUGCUACCGCAUCACAAAGGUCGUCGGCCCCUCAGCAGGCAGCACCACCAAGUACAGUGUCUGCGCAGGAUGA